CAGCCCUCGUUGCGCUGGGCGUGUAGUUCGGUCCUUUACGCGGGCGAUAAGCCACACGCAGAGUAACCUUGCCUAGUUCAACCUAACCUUCGGCCUCUCUUUUUUCAAAGGUGAGGUUCCUCUUGGGAGGAGCGUGCCGUGUUUAAAAAAAAUUAAUCCGGGGAGGCGAGAUGAUGAUCGAAGGAGCGAUUAGAGGGGGAAGGAAGCCGAGAAGAAGGAUUUUUAAGCGAGAUCAAAACGCGGCUGCUGCUGGGGACAAGGGGGUUUGACACGCGCUCUUCGUAUGCUCAGGUGCAGGCUUGUCUUGCAUUGCAUUGCAGGCGAUUAAGUCCUCUGGACGCCGCGUCCCCAGGUGGAAGAGGCAUGCACGCAUCCGCAAGCUGGGAGAUGACGUAGCAGCCUUGCUCCGCGUGGUGGGAAGCUCUUUGGAGGUCCCUGGCAGCAAACAAGCUGUUUGGGAAACGUCUACUGCAGGCUGGGCGUUACAUCAUGUCCAAUAAAUCGUGGAUGAAAACGGUCCCCACAGAAAACUGUGAUGUGCUGAUGACUCUGGCAGAUACAACUGAUGACCACACAUUGCUGUGGUUGCUGAACCACAUCCGUUUGGGGAUCCCAGAGCUCAUCAUCCAGAUUCGGCACCACAAGCACACCCGGGUCUAUGCGUUCUUUGUCACAGCAACUUAUGAGAGUUUGCUCCGGGGGGCGGACGAGAUUGGCUUACGGAAACCCGUGAAGGCUGAAUUUGGGGGUGGCAUGCGCAGUUUCUCCUGCGAGGAAGAUUACAUCUACGAGAACAUAGAAAAUGAACUCUAUUUUUUCACUUCUCAGGAACGCCAAAACAUCAUCAGGUAUUGGCUGGAGAACCUGCGGGCCAAGCAGGGCGAAGUGCUGCACAACGUUCACUUCCUGGAAGGGCAGCCAAUCAUCCCUGAGCUGUCUGCUCGUGGCAUCCUCCAGCAAGUCUUCCCCAUCCACGAGCAACGGAUUCUAAACCGGCUGAUGAAAUCGUGGGUACAAGCCAUUUGCGAAGCCCAGCCUUUGGAUGAAAUAUGUGACUAUUUUGGUGUGAAGAUUGCCAUGUACUUCGCAUGGCUGGGCUUCUACACGUCAGCCAUGGUUUACCCUGCUGUGUUUGGCUCCCUCCUCUACACCUUCACAGAGAAUGAUCAGACCAGCCGGGACAUCUGCUGUGUUAUAUUUGCUAUCUUCAAUGUUAUCUGGUCCACGCUGUUCCUGGAGGAGUGGAAACGCCGGGGAGCUGAAUUUGCAUACAAGUGGGGAACUUUGGACACACCAGCAGAAUCCAUUGAAGAGCCUCGGCCACAGUUCCGGGGUGUGAAGCGUAUCAGCCCAGUGACCAACACGGAAGAGUUCUACUACCCACCUUGGAAGCGGUUGCUCUUCCAGUGUUUGGUGAGCUUGCCCAUCUGCAUCUUCUGCCUCUCCUUUGUCUUCCUUACCAUGCUGGGCUGCUUCGAACUGCAGGAAUUUGUGCUGAGCAUCAAGGAGCUGCCACGCCUCGUGCGCUUCUUGCCCAAAAUCAUGCUGGCCGUCAUCGUCACUGCCUGCGAUGAAGUCUACAGAAAAAUUGCCUACUGGCUAAACGACAUGGAAAAUUAUCGCUUGCAGAGUGCCUACGAAAAACACCUCAUCAUCAAAAUGGUCUUGUUUCAAUUUGUAAAUUCAUACCUAAGUCUUUUCUACAUUGGAUUCUACCUCAAGGACAUGGACCGCCUCAAGGAGAUGCUGGCUACACUCCUCAUUACCCGCCAGUUCUUGCAGAAUAUUAAGGAAGUCUCUCAGCCCCACUUAUAUAGCAAGUUCAAGCGUGGUGACUUCAGUAUGCAAAACCUUCGGGAGGUGACCCACACCCUCUUCCGCCUGCUGACCCAGAAGUACACAUUCACCACAUCGUAUGGCACCAACCCUCGUCAUCCCAGGCACGGUGACUCGCCGGCGGGCCACAGGCCAGAGGUAUAUGAGGCCCCAGAGGGGGUAGCCAAGGGGGAGAAGAAAUGCCUCAAUGGAGGGUGUGGAGUGCCUGAAGAAGAGGAAGAGGAGAAGAAAGAAUCAGACUCUGAAGACGAGAGCAUCAUUGACUGUGGGCUGAAGCUGAAAAAAGUGAGCUUUAUUGAAAAGGCUGACCGCAAGACGGGGGAGCCCAGUUUAGAGGAGGUGCGCUUCUUGGAAGAAGGCAGUCCCACCAUGGUGGAAAAAGGGAUGGACCCGUCCUCUGUCUUUGAACUGUGUGAGGAUGAUGAUGAGAGUGACGAAGCCUCAGAGAGCCCAUUUAAGGACCUGCCAGAAACUAAGGAGCCAGCUGUUAUCAUGCGGACUCGGAGGCCACGGGCAGGCAAGAACCCCACAGAAGGUGAGGAAGAAGAGGAAGACAGUUAUGAGAAUCGAAGACAUGCCAGGACCUCCUGGAUCGAUCCACCAGAGGAGAACUACACCACGGAGCUUGCCCAAGCCGAGGUGGAGAGCUGCAUGAAAAAAUAUGAGGACACUUUUCAAGAUUACCAGGAGAUGUUCAUCCAAUUUGGCUACGUGGUCCUCUUCUCGUCAGCUUUUCCCUUGGCUGCAAUGUGUGCCCUGAUCAACAAUAUCAUUGAAAUCCGGAGCGAUGCCUUCAAAUUGUGCACAGGGCUUCAACGGCCCUUUGGGCAGCGGGUGGAAAGCAUCGGAGAAUGGCAGAAAGUGAUGGAGGCAAUGGGUGUCCUGGCCAUUGUGGUCAACUGCUACCUGAUAGGCCAGUGUGGGCAGCUGCAGCGCCUCUUUCCCUGGCUCAGUCCUGAAGGCGCUAUUAUAUCUGUGGUGGUGCUAGAGCAUUUUGCCCUUUUGCUCAAAUAUAUCAUCCAAGUUGCAAUUCCUGAUAUCCCAGCCUGGGUCGCGGAAGAGAUGGCCAAGCUUGAAUACCAGAGGCGGGAGGCCUUUAAGAAACACGAGCGACAGGCGCAGCACCACUUCCAACAACAACAGCGUCGUAAACGGGAGGAAGAGGAGCGUCAGCGCCACGCUGAAUAUCAUGCCCGGAAAGAACGUGAGAGCAGCCGGGAGGAAGGCAAGGCUAAUGGUGGUGGGCAGGAUCCUGGACACGAGAAGAGUCAGCCCAAAGGGAAGGGUCCAGGAGGGUCAAGCCAUGGAUCCGAGAAACCCAAACGGCCCAGCUCCCUCCUGGCCACCAACAAUGUUAUGAAGCUCAAGCAGAUCAUCCCUCUACAGGGCAAGUUUUUAUCAGGGAGCACAGGGGCAGCUGGCACUGGGACAGCCCGUUCACCCCAGUCCCCCAUUAGUACUGAUAACAAACUACCUGGGUUCCUUAGUUUCAAGUUCCUUAAGUCCCCAGAGACAAAACGGGAAGCCAACACUGAGAAGGUGCAGUCGCCCACUAAGCCUUUCAACCCAAGCAAACUGUUCAACUUCAGCAAAUCCGAAGGGGGCAAUGGGGCGCCCUCCCCACCUCGGCCCGGCCCUUCGGCAGAUGCAGGCGAAAAGCCUUUGGCCAGCAGAUCACACCUCAACGGGUUGGCAGAUGAGGAAGUGUCUGAGCAACUGGAGAUCCGAACAAUGGUGGAGGAGGAGGGGCCAAGCCACAAACUCUAACCCCCUGGUUGGGUGUGAGACCUGGGGAGGGAUGGAGAGCAAGGCAUGAGCUGCUGGUUGAUUCUUCAGGCAGAAUUGGGGCAGCCUCUAUGUUUAAUUCGGAGAGGUCUGCUGGGUCUAUCAGCCUUCCUCAAGGCAAGUUCAAGAUAAUCCCUUGCUGAGAUUUACGUCUGGAAAAAGGAAGUUGAAGAUGGUUCCAGAGGCGUUUGAUGGCUUGGACCUGGAGACCCAGUUCCAAAAUUGGUGGCCAUCGAUCUAAGUCACAUUUCAAAUUGAGAACUCCAAGAAUGGGGAAAGCAAAGGAAGAGCAAGUUAGAAGUGAAGGAUACGGGGCAGGAGGUGAAGGUGACUUCCACUAACCUUUAACAAGUUGAGUUACAUGUUGUUCUCCUCCCCACUGUCUUUUCCCUUAUUUUAUCAGAGCUGGGACCAGGAGAACAUCCUAGCCCAGAUUGGUUUUCUAAAUUUUCACACACAUUCAGAAUUGAUCCCCUUCCCAGCUGCUCAUCUGUCUUUAACAUGGAUGGAUAACACUGGUAAAGUUAGUGCAAUUUCUUGUUUACAACCUUUUGAAAAUAUCCCUAAUCUUCACUGGAGUGUUUUUAUUUUUCCUCCAGAGUUUUGGUUAGCAAGAGCCCCUUCAGAUUGGUGUUGGAUACAAUUUUACCAAUAGCUAGUAUAGUCUUUCCCUAGAUGUAAAUAUUUCUAAGAGAGCCGUAAAUACUAGAAUUUGAGGCAAGGAUGCUUUGUAUUAUUUUUUCCUCCUCCCAUUAAAAUCAAAGACGCUCCCCAUCCAACCUCCUUUCUGCUUGAAGAACAGCCUCACGUAGCAGCAAAGCAAAGGAUUUUGAGGAGGCUGGGUGGGGGAAAGAUGCAACAUUGUCCGUGCAUGAUUGACAUUUCUUGCACUAAAACUGAAAACAUGGUGACUUUCAUGUUUCUGAGACACGAAGAUCCAAAAGCCGUGGCAGUCGUUGCUCAAAAAAACCAGAAUUGGGGCAAGUAUCAUUAAGAGUUCUUGAAACAAAGAUCUGUCACAUGUUUUCUUUUUACAAAAAUUAGUGGUUGGGAAAACAAGAAAUAAAGGGAUGGGGGACA